CGGAAAAUCCGCAACUUUAGUGCAAAUUGCAUCGUUGGCAGUGACGGACGAACCGUUGUGUCCUUUGUCGGUGUUUUAGGAUUGCAAUUUCCGGGUGUUCAAGAAUCCGAUUGGUGCAAGGCGGCUAGUGUGUGUAUGUUGAAAAGUUUCGAUUUGCCGUAGUGUCGCGUUGUUUGCUUUAACUCCGGUGCGGCCAAAUUUGGGCCAGGUCGGUGAAAAGGGGCAGCAGUAUUUUUUGUGUGUGCAGAAUUAAAGUGGAAGAUCCCUUCCGGGAGCAAUCGAAACAACUGAGGCCUUGUGCUUUCAUGGAGCAUUUCGAAAGUGGCCGGAUGCUGAUGACAGUGAUGCAGUAGCAACGGAAUUUUCAUUCGGCUGGGAUAUAGUCGAUGUGUGCUGGGAAGUGCUAGAGAAGUGUCUAAGCCCAAAUGAUACAACGUUCGGGUGGAAAUUAAACUUCUGUUAAAGAGGAAAGAAUUUCGUAUGGAAUUUCACUUGCAACAGUUCCGUGUGUUUCUGGGCGAAUAUAUUGGAUAACGUUCUUCGUUUAAUGUUCCUGCCUGGAGGAUAUUCGUGCUCAAGUUGAAAUUCUUCGACGGUUAUUGCUGUUUGUUGCUUUUGGUAGGGUUCCAGAGAGGCUAUAAGGAAGUUUAAACCUACCAGCUGGCAAGUGAAAAGAUAUAUAAGAUCAAAAACAAUCCUACAUAGUAAUAUCUAGCCAUAUAUGUGUAUAGAGUGCACCUGUGCAAUAUUUCAAUCAGAAUUAUCCGUAAGCAUCUAUCCUUAUCAUCGUAUCAUCAUUAACCAUUAUCAUAACCAUAAUCAUAACAGUUAUCCGUCAUACGUAGUAUUAUGCUUUAACGUGUCUGAAGAAGAAUACCAAUAGAAGAAGCUUUUUGUGUAUGUGCAAUAAAAGUAGCAAAGUGAACAUAUCAUAUUGUCGUAGCUGAGAAAACGAACAUCCUGCUAAAUUUAGUGAAUAUAAUAAGAAAAAAAAAAUUGUGAUCCUCGACUUCUGAAUCGGGGAGGCAAAUCUAGAUGUGUGCUUUAAAGGUGUUUAUCAUAUCAACAACGGCCACAGAAGCAGCGAGCAGCAAGUGGCGGUAACAACAGCACUGGUGGCAGUUUCAACACCGGUUUACCUACGUCACAGUUCCGGUUUUGUGUGUUUGAACAAGAAAAAGGAGCUCAUUAAUCAUCUUGUGGGACGGUUUUCGCGCGCGCAUUGAAGCGUUUUUCGGACCGACCGGCAGCAGUUGUAGUAAACGCAGCAACAGGAGCAACGCGGUGAAAUAAAAGACGACACAAUGUCCGACCAGCAGCUACCGAUAACGACUCCGCCGCGACGGUGCAAUGAACAUCCGGCCCUGACGGCAGCCACCAUGCUUGGCAAUCUUCACGGUUCGGAGUCAUGCAAAAAUUCCCCGCUCGUUCCCCGCCGUCUGGAGCCCUACCAUCACAGUUUGCUUGAAAGUGGAAGCCAGAGUGCACAGAAUUCUCCGCUGCCAAACCGGCGGCUGGACAAAUUACAGGGUGUAAUUCGAGACAAAAGCUCGCCCUUGUGCGGUCGACGAGGGGCCGGCCCGGAAGAGGUCGACUUCAGUGAUUCGCCCAUCGUAUCGAGAAAGUUCAAUCAGGUACAGGACUGUGUUUGUGCUCCGAAGCUACGUGCCUCCACAGCAGAGAGCUCCACCACAGCUGGAUGCGUGCAUCGAAUAGAAAGUGAGUUCUCCAAAAAUUCCCCAAUGAUGGCAGUGAUGCGGAAGCGAGGCGAUUCGGACUGCAGCAGUUGCAUGCGGAAAAACAUCAUCCGAAACCAGUUCAGUGCCAGUGUGAUGAGGAGUGAGUGCGGGGGUGGUGGAAGUUCCUGUGAAAGCACACCGUUGUUGCGACGAAAGGAACCAUUUCCGCCUGGCUCACCGGCCAAAGGUGUUCUGGGUGAACCGGGAGUAUUCAGCUCUCCAGUGCACCACGGUAAAUCAUCAAUGGAUCACACCACUUUCGGGGGGUUUCCGACGAGUCCGGCCAAGAGUGUACUGGGGGAACCGGGGGUGUUCAGUUCGCCGGCCAGAAGUGUGUGCAGCCCUACGGGCGAAGAUACGGUAGGAGAAGGGGCCGAUGUGCUUGCCAACGAUCAGACUAUUGUAUCCGGAUGGCUCAAGUUCCGAGACAACAAGAAGUGGAAAAUACGAUGGGGAGUUGUUACGAAGCUAUCACCGGCAGCAGGUAAGCCAAACCACAGGAAAAAGUUCCGCAUUCUCCACAAUCAAGCAAUUUUUAUUAUCACACCGGAGGAUCGCUCCAUUUCCCCUGCCGUCGAAGUUAUGAGCCAAGCCAAACCGACUUCAGAGUUGAAAAGUUUAAUGCGCAUUAUUGGUGGAUUUUCAGUUUGUUAUCAAUGA